GAGUCAACAAACCAGUGACGUCACCUACAGGCGCUCAACGAUUUGAUUGGUGGAGCGUUCCCGGGGUCAAAGUUUAACUUCCGUGUCACGCAGCUAACAUGGCGGAUAAAGAGAAGAAGAAGAAGGAGAGCAUCUUCGACUUGUCCAAAUACAUCGACAAGCCGAUUCGUGUCAAGUUUCAAGGGGGACGCGAGGCCAGCGGGGUCCUGAAAGGGUUCGAUCCCCUGUUGAACCUGGUGCUGGACGGUACAAUCGAGUACAUGCGUGAUCCAGACGACCAGCUGAAGCUGACAGAAGACACCAGACAGCUGGGGCUGGUGGUCUGCAGAGGAACGUCCGUAGUGCUAAUCUGUCCUCAGGAUGGCAUGGAGGCCAUACCCAACCCGUUCAUACAGCAACAGGACGGCUAGCACACACAGCCUGUUACCUGCUGAGUUACAGGCUCACUCACACAAGAUUUUGUUUUAAUCAUAACAGUGAUAAUGCAUACAACAAAGUAAUUUUCUGUUGUUAAAAACAUAAGUUGAUGAGCUGAGGACACUUCACUUUUGUUUCUGUCAGUGGUGUACAAAUGUUCAAAAGAUUUGAGUUGUAAAGAGCCUUCAUGUUUGGGAGGUGUUGACAAGACUGUUUUCUUUUUAUCCAGGAUGAGUUAACUUUUUACUAUUCUUUGUUGUUUUUGAUAAGAAAAUAAAAUGAAAAAAUA